UUUAUUCUUAAAAUGUAAUAAGCGGAGAAAAAUCAAAUUUAAUAGGUUAGGAAAAAAUACAACUUGGAGAUUUCAUUACCAUACAUAGCUAAAGUAGUUGAUUUUAGAAAUCUUACACAUACCACAAAAUUUGUAUGCAUGUACUCACUUAUACUAAUAAAUAAUAAAUAUACACUUAUAUACUACAUGAUAUAUUUAAUGUAUAUAUGGUGUCAUUGCGUAUUCGUUCAUAAAACAUUUCACCUGCCAAAGCGGUUUCAAAUUUACACAUUUUAUAAUAUUUUUUGAACAACAAAAAAAAAAACAAUUGAAAAGAAAAAAAAAUAGUUUAAGGUGAUAAAUUAGAAUAAAAAAAAAUUUUGAUUUAUAAUGGAAACUGAACCUUUAGAUCUAGAGGAUGGUGAGGUUGUUGAUGAUGAGCCGAAUGAUGCCUUUGAUACUUACACAAUUCUCCAGAGGCCACAGACAACGUCUAAUCCUAAAACGAUAAUUGAGCCAAAUUACAGCGAUGACAGUGAAGAUACUGAUGGAUCUGCAGACUCUGCCAGUGAUUCAGACUCUCAUUUGGCUAAAACAAAGAGACCCAAAUUGAAAGCACGUAGACGUAAGGUUGAUUCGUCCCAAAUACCAAAUAAGUAUAAAAUAUGGUGUACACAAGUUCAAGAGGAAGCACUGACUGAGAACUUGGUUUCAUGUGGAGUAACGAGAAAACUGCAUCAAGGCAGAAGUGUUGAGAACUACGAUAUACCGAGACACUUUCGUUUGAAUGGAUAUGACAAACAUUCAAAUAACGUGAGUUCUGAUGAGGAUAAAGAAGUGGCUUACAGAACAAGUAAUAAAAGAACACAUACUGAGAGACGUAAUGUCAAGCUCCGACUUGGUAAACGCUCUAAUUCAAUGGAUGUUGAUAAUCAAAAAGGUUCUGUAAGAACUAUUUUAGAGUUGCAGACAAGUAUUGAGUCAACAGAUGAUGAGGUUGCUAAUGAUAUAGCUGAAAAGCUUAAUGAAAAAAAGGAUGCUCUUAUUAAACGAAUAGUUGAUAUUAUUGGUAAAGAAAAGUCUAUAGAGUUUUAUAAAAAAACAAAAGAAAUCGAAGAAGAUGGUGGCUUAUUAAUAAUGAAUGGAUCAAGAAGACGAACACCCGGUGGUGUUUAUUUUUAUCUUGUUAAAAAUGAUGAACAUAUACCUCAGGAACAAAUACGCGAAAUAUUUUCAUUAGAUAAAAAAGAGGCUAAUCAUACAAAAAAGAAAAUUAAUUCUGCUAGGUUACGAGAAAAAUCUAAUCAAUUAAUGAAAAGUUUGGAAAAUGGUUCAGAAAAGGAUUUACCAGCAUUGUUAACAAGAGCCGAGUUAUCGACGAAAAUAGCUGAGGAAGCAAGAUUAAGACGUGGUGAAGGCAUGGAUAGACUUCCAAUAGAUUCCGAACAUACGGUAUCAAAUCCUCCACCAAGCCCAGCUACUGACGAUCCUGACCAUUCCGAUAGUGCUCCCAAUCAAAGACGAGUUCAAGAUUACAGCGACGACUUUCUUGAUAUUGGUGUAGAUGUUGAUGUUAUGGAGAUGUUUUAAAGUUAUACACGCACAAUUUAUAAUAACAUCUGUUUAAUUAUCUGUCGCUUGUUUAAAAAUAUGGUCGUGAAUAUUAUUGUGAGAUUGUUAUUAUUAAAUUGAAGAAAAGUUUAUA